AUGACUCGCAUGGUGUCGGACCAUCCACCACAUCACCAUUUAAACAUGUACAAAUCGCCUGGUUUGAUGAUGCAGGAUCAUCCGCCAAUGAACGGUCCACCGUCAUCUCAUGGACCAAUGGGUCGUGGUAAAAUGUCAAAUCAUCAUCCGUCUAGUCUUUAUCCCGUGAAUUCAAAAUUACCUCCUGAUGACCAUAUGCAACGUCUUGGUCCACCGCAUCAUCAACAAUUUAUGCAUAUGCAGCAAGAUGACAUGUUUUCUAUACCGCCAAAUACUACGCAAAAUCAACAGCCACAGUUACAUCCACAUGAAAAUCGUCCAGCUGCUAUCAACAAUACAUAUGUGAAUGCUACAAUGUCCAUAGCACAACUAAACAUUCAAAAUUUAGGACCCGGUUUACAACCAGGCACUAUUCAUUUACAUCAUCAAACGUCAAUACCGCAUGGUGAUCCAAUGUUUGCCCAGCAAUAUUCAUCAAUGAAUAACGAGCAACCAAACGGUCCUUUCGGACAACAAUUUAAUGAUAUGUGUCCACCACAAGAGUCUUCUGCUCAGCCUCCACCCCUAAAUUCACAAAAUUCUGGGAAAAAUAUGCAACAGACGCAACAAAAUACUAACAGUAACAACAUUAAUACCAGUUCACAAAGUCCACUGUCUGGACAGCCACCGAUGGCGCGUGAGAAAAACGUACAAAUCGAACCACAAGGUGUCUCGACAAUACGUUAUAAGCCAAAUUCAUCAUCGUCUAGAAAUCGUUCAUUGAAUCCUGAUAUCGACUUUUUACCUCCACCAUCUCCACAAAUUCCUUCUAACCAAAAUUCCAGCCGUCUAUCAAAACAACAGCAACAACAGCAAGCUCAUUUCGAACAAAACAUGAUGAUGCAUGACCCAAUGUGUGGCCCUGGUGGAAUGAUGAUUCGAGGUCCUCCACAUCAUGAAUUUCCUCCUCAUAUGCAUCCACAACAUCGCAUGAUGAUGAUGCCAGGUAAUCGCUUUAGUAAUCCUAAUUUUGUUAUGCAUUCCGGUCCAGGACGGCCAAUGCAUUCACAUCUCCAUCCUUCGUUUGGACCAAAUGGUGGCCCACCAAUGAUGAACGACAUGAUGUUUGAAAACAGUCAACAACCACCACCACAUUUUCAUACAAUGACUGCACAGCAACAUUCUAGUCAACUUUUAUAUAAUCAAAAUCCGUUUCCUGAUUCAUCACCACACCCAAUGUUCGAUAAUCAACACUCAUUUAUUUCGAAUGGACCAAAUAAACCUGACCAAGAACAAUGUGGUGGCCCACCAAUGGGUUUUGUCGAUAGUGGACAAUUUCCUGGUGGAGGCGGACAAACGUUUGAUCUAUUAUGA